AUGUCUCCUAAGAAGAGAUCUGAUAACUGGAUCGAUGGUCUUCGUGGAAUUGCAGCGCUUAUAGUCGUGACCUAUCACCUUUGCUCCGCCUUUGCGAACUGGUUGAAUUCACCAGCACUUACGGAGAAUGGCGUAGUAUACCUUUUCCAGCAACCCUUUUUGCGACUGAUAGUUGCCGGCCGGUUUUCAGUCUCUCUAUUUUUCCUCAUCACCGGAUAUGUGAACUCUGUCCAAUCAAUUAAACAUAUUCGCAAUGGAGAGCAAAGUGGUGUCCUCGCAAAACUCUCUACGAAUACGAUUAUUCGGGCCGCAAGACUCAUCGUACCAACAAAUAUGGCGCUUUUGGGGAUAUGGCUUGUCUGUCAGCUGAAUGGCUUUCGAUUCGCAUGCUCGGUUGACGCGCCCUGGAUUAGGGUGGUUGCUAGCGCCGCACCGCCAGGUCCCACCUUUCAUGAUGCGAUUAUAGGCCUAUUUCGGAACUGGGUGAUGUUUUGGCAAAACGGUGUAUCGCCCUAUGAUCCUACAUAUUGGACAAUCCCUUUCUUCUUGAAAGCGUCUAUGCUGGUCUACCUGACUCUAUUGGCAACUACAUUCACCACUCGGAGAUUUACUAAAUUGCUUCUUAUUUCUCUUUACUGUUAUGCCUGGUUGGGCGGCGAAGCUCUCAUGGAGAUGCCUACCUACGCUGGAAUAUUCCUAGCUGUGUUGAACGCUGAUUACGGUUCCCAAGCCACCUCGAUUGUACCCGCACCGAUCUCGGCCAUGAUGAUUCUGAGUGGUCUUUUCUUCGCUUCAUAUCCCGAUGAAAACUCAUCAUGGGCGUCAUGGAGCCGUGCCCUAGACUUAAUGGGUCAAUAUAUUGUCCCCACUGGCGGCGACGUCAAUCGAUAUAUCAACUCUCUCGGAACAACCCUUUUCGUCUAUGGCAUGUUCUUCUCUCGUGAUGGCCGUCGAAUCCUCGCGCACCCGUUCAUGAACUUCCUUGGCCGUAUCUCAUUUCCUAUAUACCUCCUUCAUGAUACACUUAUCCGCACCGUUUUAUCGUGGGUGAUAUAUGGAAAGUGUCUUUUUGAGAAGGCGCCCGUGGACAAAGAAGGGAAACCUAUGUAUUAUCAGAGGGGUGGAUUCACGACAUUUGCCGUUGCUAUACCAUUGUUCUACAUCACGCUGGUAUAUGUCGCUUACCUGUGGACACUACAUGUGGACCCUGUAUGCGAGAGACUGAUAUCCUGGCUGCGCAAGAAAGCAUUUGGUGAGAAUGAUAGCGAAAAGGAUGGGCUUGAGGCUGUCGGGGAAGGCAUACUAGGUGGAUAUUUGAAAUCUUGA